ACGGCAAAAUUACCCUUUAAUUGUUUUAUUGCUGAUUUGUGCUUCCAUACAAGAUUGUUUAUAUUCACAAGGAAGUCCGAAGAAAAAAAAAGGUUUGACUGAAAUCUUUUCGCCUUAAAAAAUUAUUAUAACAUUUGUAAAGAAGCACUAAGAUUUGGUUCAUGAUGAUCGUAAAUAUCGCAAUGUUGUUAACACAGACAUUCGUCAUUAACCCUAUAUGUCAUGUCUAUUUUUAAAUGUCUAUUUUUGUAUAAAUGCAUGACUAUUUAAUAGUGUUUUAAAAGGAUUAAAAUAACGGACGAAAGUUGAGUAAAAAUGACAUCUGCAUGAGUGUCAUACCUUUUUAUAUAUCUAGCCUUUUUUCAUUAUUAAUCAAUUUGUAUUUUUUAAUCGUUGUUUUGAUUUAAAAAAAAAACAAAACUUUUAAUAAAUUGUUUAAUAUGUAAAUAUUAAAUGCAUAUUAAGUACCAUACAUAGCUCGGGACAUAAUUACAACUUUUUAACUCUGAAAAUCAACAACUGGAAGCAUCUCAAUAGUUCAAAUAUGAUGUCAUAUAUUUCCAUUUUUAUGCCUAUUUCUGUAAAGAAUACUGCUCUAAUUAAUCCUUUCUUUUUAGUUAUGGGGCAAUAUAUAUCAACAGGGCAAGUCAUCUGCAAAAGAAAGGAGGACCUUGUCCGUUAUGCAUGGGACUCAGUGAAGUCAAAUUCUGUAAAUGAUACGAUAAAACUUGAAGUGGAAGUGAAGGUUCGUGGUAUGUAUGGAUACACAGAGGUCUCCAUAAAUAAAGAAUACUUAGAAUAUACACCAAUAAUUAUUGCCUGCAUGUUUCGAGAUGUAGAGCUUGUUAGGAAGCUUAUUGAUGCGGGUGCAGACAUUAAUUUGCCUUUCAGGAGUUAUAAACAUAUGUCGGGAGAGGAAGGGGUGCCUCCAUUGUACUAUGCUAUAGCAGCAAGGGAUGUAGACAUUGUAAAGCUGUUGUUAGAUUCAGGUGCUGAUGUGAACAAAUUCAAAGGCUAUAAGCAGUUCAUUAAUCUACAAAAGCCCGAGAUAGAACAAUACAGUAUUUUUCAACCGAGAUAUUCCAUAAAUUUACCGGGGAUCUCUCUUCCUCCACCAUCGCCUAUGACAAGGAUACUUGAAGUUUAUUUAAUGGCUGGGGCAAAAUUAAAUACAACUUGCUGGGGACACUGUUUCUUUUAUGGAAGAGGAAAAGUGUACGAGGCAAAUCAACCGACAACACUAGAUAUCCCGGGACCGUGUUUCACCUGUGACACGGCUAUUCUACUACUUCAACACGGCAUGGAUCCAGAUCAAUAUAAACUCAAAGAUGUACUGCAACAGUUUUCGUAUCAUAAUCUUUUCAAUUCUAGAAGGACCUGUGUAGGUUUUAAUAUUAUGCUUCAAACAUUUAUUGCUGCCGGUUACCGGUAUACAAGCGAUGAUCUCGACUGUAGUUAUACCAAGACAAAAAUGGCAGAAAGUGGCAUUAGCAUGGAAGAACCACCAAGCUUAAAACAAAGUUGUCGUUCAUUAAUUAGGAAGCAUUUACGGAUAAUUAAUAAAGAUACCACUAUUUUUCCUCCUGUUAACAAGUUACCGAUCCCAACUUCAUUAAAGGAUUACCUAAAACUGUGCAAUAUCAUUGACAUAAAAGAAGGUUUAAUACAAUGUACACUUAAGUAUAUGUAACACAAAUUUAUGUGGUCUUACUAAUAAAUUCUUCAGAUUAUAACUACAUAAUGAAAAACUGCUGAAUGCUACGUCAUUAAAUGUUACUGAUUUUGGUGAAAUAUUGUGAUAUCCCUAGAAUUUCUUUGGAGUCUAAGGCAUCCACAUCUGAUUUAUACCUCUUCUCGAAUAUACUGUACAGUACUCCCUAACGUUCUCCUUCACUCUUGACUGAAUAUCCAAGAGAGAAGUUAAAAGGGCUUGAUAAAACAUGUACUGAAACCCGGUAUUUACAAUUUUUAUGAAGUUUAGAAAUCCAGUAAAAUUAUGUGAUUUAAAUUUAAAUUUGAUUCUUCGUAAUGUUUAUAAUAUUCAAUACUGAUAUAUGAUUUUCAAAUCUAUUUUGAAGACCCUCCUCCACCCCUACAUUCCUACCCCUAAAAAUGUGUAUUAAUGUGUCAUGUAAAUUCAUAUAUUUCAUUAGUUCUGACUCGAUUUGUUUAUACUGUUUUAUGUAUUUUGUUUCACUACUAUCCUUGGCCUAUUUUGUUUCGAUGUGCCAUCUUUUUGCUAACUUUUUAAUAUGAUGUUUUGAUUCUAUUUUGUGGCCUAUUUUGAGUUGAUGUGCCAUCUUUUUGCUAACUUUUUCAUAUGAAGUUUUCAUUGUCUUG